AUGGUUUCUCCCGAGUACAGCCUCGGCGUCUUGGCAGGCAACCCGCACACCCACUCUCGUGACACGAAGACGUGUGUGUGGACGAUGCUGAACUGCAUCAAUCCUGAGAGCAACAGCGACAGCAAAUACGUGAGGGAGGACAUUGUAAGUGUCAUCAACCGUAACCAUGUGGUUGUGAUCUGUGGCGAGACUGGAUCUGGGAAGACCACACAGGCUGCGCAGUUCAUCUUUGAGGACUACAUUCGUGGAGGCCAAGGCUCUAGAUGCAGUAUCGUGGUCACCCAGCGCAAGAGGAUUGCAGCAAUCUCCAUGGCAAAGCGGGCAGCUCUCAAGCGGCACGAAGAGCUGAGCGACACCGUCGGCUUCCAUGUCCGUCUCACGAAGCAGCUGCUGACGAGCCGCGGAGGCAAACUCUUCUGUACAGCGGGCAUGCAGCUGCGGCACUGGCAGCAGAACGUCGAACUGCAAGGAUUGUCGCACGUCAUCGUUGACGAGGCCCAUGAACACGAUGUCUGUACCAACUUCCUGCUUGUGCUCCUUCGAGAGGUGCUCUCAAUACACCGUACAUUCAAGGUGAUUCUGAUGAGUGCGACAAUCAACACUGAGAAGUUUUCGGAGUGCUUCGACGACGCGCCUUGUGGUUCUGACGCUGUCCGGAUUGUUCCCGACGUUUUCAUGCACAUCGUGGAGAUGAAGCCUUCCAAAGCGAUUUUCUGUUUUCUGCCCGGUUGGAACGAGAUCAACAAGGUGCGAACAGAGCUUUGCGAGCGAGCUCCAGCGAGGUUUGACGACUGGAUUCUGCCGCUGCACUCGCGUCUCCGAUACCAGGAACAGCAAAACAUCUUUGAAAAUCCUCCAGCAGAUGUGCGCAAGGUGAUCCUGUCCACCAACCUUGCUGAGACAUCCGUCACUGUCGACGACGUGGUGUACGUUGUAGGCACUGGUCUUCACCGAGAUCAGCGCUUCAACCCAUCCACGGGUGUAAGCCUGCUCGGUACGCUCCCCGCGUCAAUGGCCAGUGUCCAGCAGCGAGAGGGUCGCGCAGGUCGUUUACGAUCUGGAGAGUCAUGCCACCUAAUCACGGAAAAUGAGUUCCUCUCCUGGGACCAGUUCAAGCGCCCCGAGAUACAGACCACCGACCUAACAACGGUGGUCCUCGACUUUAAAACCAUUGUAGCCAAUGCACCACACCUGCCCGAUGACGAAAUCGAAGAGGAGGCAUCUGGCAGUGACGUGGUGCCCGACAACGCCGGCGCCAAAAGAACUGUUUACGACAUCAUGACAGGACGGCAGCUCACAGUGUCGAGCAAGUCCAACCUUCGGAUAGACCGUGAGCUCAUGGCGAAGGUUGAGAAGUCAUGGAAGUACUACCAGCGUGCAAGACUACAGCUUCCAAUAUUUGCACGCAGAGGCUCACCCCGCCCAGAGGCGCAGGCACUACGGCGUUGUAGGCACGGAACGGCGCACAAUGGCAGCAGGCUGCAGCCGUCUCCGUGCAGCGCCGCACUUGUGCCUGCCAUCUACUCGGCCGCACCUUGUCCCAGCUAUUGUGGCACCACAGUUCCUGGCUCUGCGGGCGGCCUUAUUGUCACCUCAGCUGUGUGUUUCUACGUUGAGGAGUUGACGGUGCUGGCGCUGUCGACUACGUCACCAGGGACAUUUAAGGGGCUCCUUUCACUGGGACGAUGCUUUCGCUAG